AAUGCCUUCCAAACUCAUCAACAAUCCUGCGAAUGCAGUGGAUGAGGCGCUGGACGGCGUCGUUGCUGCCGCUCAGCACCGCUUGGCACGACUCGCUGCUCCGUUCCGCCGCGUCGUUGUGCGCCGUGAUGCCACCCACGCUCGAUCAGAUCGCGUAAUGCUUGUCUCUGGCGGUGGGUCUGGCCACGAGCCCGCUCAUGUCGGUUACGUGGGUCGCGGCAUGCUCAGCGCUGCAGUCUGUGGCGACGUGUUUGCCUCGCCCCCAACGGCCAAUGUGCUCGCUGCCAUCCAGGCCGUCACAGGUCGGCACGGAACGCUGGUCAUCAUCAAGAAUUACACGGGCGAUCGACUGAAUUUCGGACUGGCCGUCGAGCAAGCACGAACCUCCGGGCUCAAAGUGGAUGUCGUCGUUGUUGGCGACGAUGUGGCGUUGAAGAGCGCGAACGAACUCGCAGGUCGUCGCGGUCUGGCGGGGACGGUGUUUGUCCACAAAGUUGCCGGAGCGCUAGCCGACGCAGGAAACCCGCUGCAAGCUGUGGCGCAUGGAGCUCGGAUCGCCGCCCAACAAGUUGCAACCAUGGGCGCAUCGUUGUCGUCAUGCUCGCUACCCGGGAAAGAACCGACCUUUACCGUCAAGGACGGAGAGAUGGAAUUGGGACUGGGCAUCCAUGGCGAGCCUGGAGCGCUCACCACCUCCGUCAAAACAGCCGAUCAACUUGUGGAGACGUUGCUCGAUCGCAUUGGCCAAGUGGGUUCGGCUGGAUUGUCGUCAUUCCUUGAGGCUGAAGCCCCUGUCGCCUUGCUCGUGAAUAAUCUGGGAGGCACAAGCAACUUGGAGCUGAGUGUUGUUGUGAAUGCCGCUGUGCGACGACUUCAAACACAUUAUCGAGUCAAAGUUGAACGCGUCUACGCAGGCGCGUUUAUGACCUCGCUUGAGAUGGCUGGCAUCUCGUUGACCGUGUUGCGACUCGACUUGGCCGAACCAGUCGCAGGGCUGACCUCGCUCGCUCCGCUGUUGGACGCUGCAACGGAGGCGUCGGCUUGGCCUGCCACCUUUGCCUCCUCAACGGUGGUAGAGUCCGGAGACAUGCCACUCAAUCCAUGGAUCCAAGUCCCAACGCAAGCUUCAGAUGCUCCGGCUCAAGACGGUGGCAGUCCUUUGACUGAACUGACACCUCAAGGGAAAGCCAUGUCCUCUCUGCUCCAGGCGAUGGCACAGGCACUGGUUGAUGCGGCUCCAGAACUUGAUCGUCUCGAUCGGUUGGCGGGAGACGGUGAUUGCGGUGAAACGUUCAAGCGCGGAGCCAUUGCUAUUCAACAAGCUUUGAGCCAUCCAACGUCAGACCUCACGAGAAUGCUGAACGAAUCACCAAAGGAACUGCUGAGCUGGAUUGCGUCGACCUUGCACUCGGCCAUGGGAGGUUCGUCCGGUGUGCUCUAUAGCAUCGGAUUACAUGCUGCUGCACAGUCGCUACAGGCCACUCAAGGCAGCAGCCCACAGCCGCGUGACUGGCUCGGUGCGCUUUCGCGCGCGAUUGAAGCAAUCCAGCGUCACGGCGGUGCCGCUUUUGGAGAUCGGACCAUGCUGGAUGCGCUUGGUCCUGCAUUGCAGGCUGGAUUCACUGCGAUCGGUGCGUUUUCCUCGGUUGAAGGCGGUGCGGCAGUGGUGCAAGCAAUGGCAUCGGCUGCUCGAGCGGGCGUUGAACGCACGGCCACCAUGAACGCCGUUGCCGGGCGGGCCUCCUACCUUCCCCAUGUUCAUUCCGCGGAUGCCGGUGCCAAUGCCGUCGCCGUGUGGCUGCAAGCCAUGUAUGCAGCGCUGUCCCAAGCGUGAAGCGUUGUGUCG